CAUACUUCCGAUAGCGCCUACCACCCACGCUCUAUAUAUCAUGAGCACCAUCGAUCCUUUCUCUAUAAACGUUCCAACGGACCAAAUCAGUGAUAUAAAAGGUCGCCUCGCAAAUGCUCGGCUUCCGAAUGAGUUAGACGAAGCAGGGUGGGACCUUGGGACUCCCGUCAAUGAAGUGCGCCCACUCGCCACUUACUGGCGUGACCAUUUCGACUGGAAGGCCACAGAAGCCAGGAUCUAUUUUAUGCAUCAGCCUUCUUCAAUCUCCGAUGUUAUUCCGUUGUUAUACGUACAUGGAUGGCCAGCUCAUUCAGGCGAUGGUAUUGCCGACCCAGCCUUCCAUGUGGUCGGGAUCUCGUUGCCCAACUUUGGUUUCAGCGAAGGGCCAAGUAGAAGGGGCUUCGGUCUGGAGCAAUACGCAGAGACCUGCCAUAAGCUCAUGCAAAGGUUGGGUUAUCAGGAAUAUGUGACCCAAAACGGCGAUUGGGGAUACUACAUCACUCGUACGAUGGCACUUUUGUAUCCCCAGUAUUGCAAGGUCACUCAUAUCAACUUCGACUACGGGGGAGGACCUCUGGGCUUCUGGAAGUAUCCUUUGCUUGCAAUUGAGCAUGCCGUGACUCCCUACACGGAGCGAGAGAAAAAGGGCAUGGAGCGUCGCAAGUGGUUCAUUGAGGAGAGCUCCGGAUACCGGGCUAUGCAAGCGACCAAACCUACCACUGUUAGCUAUGCCUUGACGGAUAGUCCGGUCGCUCUGUUGGCAUGGAUUUAUGAAAAGCUUCAUGAUUGGUCUGACCAUUAUCCUUGGUCGGAAGAGGAAGUGUGUACAUGGAUCAGCAUCUACUGGUUCAGCACCGCUCUGUGCCGUGAGUACUUCGCUCCUAACUCAAUAUCGGGCGCUUCCCUGCGGAUUUACUAUAGAGCAACGCAUACGUGGAAAGACAGUGUCCCAAACAAGGUGACCCGCGCCCGUACAGGGGAAUGGAUUGAUUCGGUCAAGAUAGGAUACAGUCAUCUGCCCAUAAAGCUAGGACCAAUUGUCUUCGAUCGGCAAAAGGACCGGAGUGGCCAUUAUUUUGCCUGGGAAGCGCCGGAGUCAUUCAUUGAAGAUCUACGAGAUAUGUUCUGUAGAGGCGGAGGCGCCUAUGGGGCUGUCUCCGGUCGAAAUGGAUAUCUAGAGUAG